UCAACAAUUAUCAAAAUUAUUUCUAUUAAAUUUGCUGUAAACAAAAAAUAAAAUUUUUAAAUUUAUUAACAAAAUGAGCCAUCAAAUAUUCAGUCGUGAUUUCCAUAUUGAAGCCAAUAUACCAGAAGGUCUAUUUGAGGCAUUUAUGGUAGCACAAGCAAAACUUUUAAAUCUUAAAGGAAAUAUAGAAAAAACAGCGCAAGGAUUUAAAGGUCAUUUGGAGGGUGAAAAAGAAACUAUGGAAAAAUUGCAAUAUAUUGUAGAAAAAGCUGAACAAUUUCUUAGCAAAAUCAAAACUAUGAUUUUCUCCGAGUUAAAGGAAAUCAAGCAAUAUACAGUGGAAAAUUUUAGUGUGAAAAAAUAGAAAAUUUCAACUUAUGCGGGAAAAUAUUUAAUAAUAACGAUGACUUUAAUUUUUUCUAGCAAAACCAAUAAAUCUGUUUGAAGAAGUAGAAAUGAAAAAAAGAACAUGUAAAUUUUUGAUUUUGCUUCUUGUAAUGUGAGUUUUUUUUUCAAAAAAAAUAUAUUUCCAUAAGUUUUAUUAUAUUCAAAGAAA